AUGCGGGAGGGCAUCCUGCAGUACUGCCAGGAGGUCUACCCUGAGCUUCAGAUCACCAAUGUGGUGGAGGCCAACCAGCCAAUCAGCAUCCAGAACUGGUGCAAGAAAGGCCGCAAGCAGUGCCACAGUCACCUGCACAUCGUGGUGCCCUACCGCUGCCUGGUAGGGGAAUUUGUGAGCGAUGCGUUGCUGGUUCCUGACAGAUGCAAGUUCCUGCACCAGGAGCGCAUGGACAUGUGUGAGAGCCACCUGCACUGGCACACUGUGGCCAAAGAGUCCUGUGGGGACCGCUCCAUGAAUCUCCAUGACUACGGGAUGCUGUUGCCGUGUGGGAUUGACCGUUUCCGAGGGGUGGAGUUUGUGUGCUGUCCCUCAGAGGCCGAGCGGGAGGCAGACAGUGUGGAGCCUGACGAGGAUGAUUCUGAUGUGUGGUGGGGCGGGGCUGAGACAGACUACACCGACAAUAGCAUGCCCCGGGAGGCGGAGCCUGUGGUUCAGGAGGAGGCGGGGCCAGCUGUGAGGGAGGAUGAUGAGGACGAUGAUGAUGAUGAAGAGGAGCAGGAGAAGGACUCCGAUGGUGACGGCGAGGACGACGAUCUGGAGGACUUAGCUGACGAGCGGGAGCCGGGGGAACAUACCACCAGCGUCGCCAUGACAACCACCACCACCACAACCACUGAGUCUGUGGAGGAAGUGGUCAGAGAGGUGUGUUGGGAGGGGGCAGAUUCGGGACCCUGCUCGGGCAGCUUGCCCCGUUGGCACUAUGACCAUGAGGAGGGGCACUGCACCCCCUUCCUGUUCGGGGGCUGUGGGGGAAACCGAAAUAACUUUGAGUCAGAGGAGUACUGCCUGUCCGUCUGCGGCAGCGUGCUACCCACCACCGCCCCCAGCCCGGCCGACGCUGUGGACCGCUACCUGGACGCACCUGCGGAUGACAACGAACACGCCCACUUCCAGCAGGCCAAAGAAACACUGGAGGCCAAACACAGGGAGAGGAUGUCUCAGGUGAUGAGGGAGUGGGAGGAGGCGGAGAGGAAAGCAAAGAGCCUGCCACGAGCUGAUAAGAAAGCCGUCAUUCAGGAGAAGGUGGAGGCUCUUGGCGGGAGGCUGCAGUCCAUAGGCGAUGACCUGCGUGAUACCCCACACACUGAGCUACCUCACCUCUCUACAGGCAGACCCCCCCAGGGUAAAAUACCCCACACACUGAGCUACCUCACCUCUCUACAGGCAGACCCCCCCAGGCCCCGCCAUGUCUUCAUGCUGCUGAAGAAGUACGUUCGUGCGGAGCAGAAGGACAGACAGCACACCCUCAAACACUUUGAGCACGUGCGCAUGGUGGACCCCAAAAAGGCCGCUCAGAUCCGCCCCCAGGUUCUGACCCACCUCAGAGUGAUAGAGGAGAGGAUGAACCAGUCGCUGGGGCUGCUGUACAAGGUGCCGGGGGUCUCUGAUCAGAUCCACGACCAAGUUGAGGAGCUGAUGAGGAGGGAGCAGACCGGCAUGUCCCAGCAGGUGUCCUCUCUGCAGAGUGACGUACGGGUCAGUUACGGUAAUGACGCUCUGAUGCCCGACCUGCCGGACAGCACCGCCGCGGUGGACCUCCUGCUGCCUGAGGAGGGGCGGGGCUUCAUUCACCCCGAGAGCUUUGGCCAGGCCAACACCCAGAACCAUGUUGAACCUGUAGAUGUGCGUCCUGCCCCAGACAGGGGACUUCCCACAAGGCCAGGCUCUGGACUGAAGUUUGGAGAGAUUCCUGAGCUCAGAAUGGAGACUGAGGAGAGACACAGUGCUGGAUAUGAGGUUCAUCAUCAAAAACUGGUAUUCUUUGCCGAGGACGUGGGCUCCAAUAAGGGCGCCAUCAUUGGGCUGAUGGUGGGCGGGGUCGUCAUAGCAACUGUAAUCGUCAUCACCCUGGUGAUGCUGAGGAAGAAGCAGUACACUUCCAUUCACCAUGGAGUGAUAGAGGUGGAUGCCGCGGUCACCCCAGAGGAGCGCCACCUGUCUAAGAUGCAGCAGAACGGCUAUGAGAACCCCACCUACAAGUUCUUUGAGCAGAUGCACAACUGAAACCCCGCCCCUCAGCCCGUAACCCCGCCCCUUACCAUGUGACUCCGCCCCUUACCCUGUAACCCUGCCCCUCAGCCCGUAGCCCCGCCCCUUACCCUGUAACCCCGCCCCUCACCCUGUAACCCUGCCCCUCACCCGUAACCCGCCCACCCCUGCCCUGUAACCCCGCCCUCAUCACAUUACUACACCCCUCACCCCAGAACCCCUACCCUCUCCCCAUAACCCCACCCCUCAUCCAAUUACCUCAUCCCCAAUACCGUUCCCCAUCCCUGUACACACCCCGUUCCCCGAGACCUGAACAGGACAGUGUGGGUCGGGCUGACACCACAGACCCCUGCAGCUUUCUCCAUUACCAUGACGAUGAGCAUGGCGUCUAGCUGACUGUAGAUGUGCUGGUUCCUCUCUUUCUCAGCCGGCGUGUCCGUUGGGAUGGUUUAGUCAAUCCAAGGGGGCCUGUGCCCAUACUGGCGUAUUUGAGAAAUUUGGGCAGCUGGUCCAGCUGCGGUCCGGCUGCAGUCCGGUUCUGGUCCGGCUGCAGUCCGGCUCUGGUCCGGCCCGGAACCUGCAGUCUCCCCGUUUGUCUGUUUGUCUGUCUGUGGAUCUGUCCCCCCACACUGUCCAGCUCUGCCCCCAAACCUACACACUAGUGUCCCCCCCGCAGCACAGGGGGUCAAAGUUCAGCGUCAAUACCCCCCAUCCCCCCCCCCCCCCGUGCUUUCCGAUGACAGCUGUGCUGUGUUUGACCACACAAGGUUCUUAAUGGGAAAUAAUAAUGAUAAUAUUAUUAAGUAUGAUGAUGAUGAUGUAAUUCUUCUCUUGAGCUUUUUUAAUUUUAUGCUGUUGUUUUGGGUUUUGUUUUCCAAAAAAUAUUACAAAAUUGAAAAAAAUUACACAUACAAAAGGUAAAGUGGAAAAUAUAUUUUUUUGUUUCUUGUUUUUGCGUGUAAUGUAUUGAAUUAGUGGCAGAGACUAGCUGUACCUGUUUUAGUGCAUGAUAAUGACUACAAAAAAAAAGAUUUUUGUUCUGCUACUUGGACUGGUCCUUUCUCAAGUGGAGUGUGUAAUUUAGCAGGAUUGUAAAUUUAGUAUAUUGUGGUCACGUGAUUUAAACAAAAACAGAAUGUGGUCUGCAGCCUAUUGUUACCAUGAAGACAUACUUUAAAUGAAAUUGAUGAUGCAUUUGUUUGUUUUUUCAGUCAUGCCAUGCCCUCAUCUAGUGGCCAGACGAGAUAUUGCAGGGGAUUGAUAGCUGUAGAUCUGUAACAUUAUUUAAAAAUUUCAAUGUAAAUUCUUUUUGGUUUACUAUGCAUUUUCAGUAUACAUUAUUUAGAGGGUCUGUACUUAAUUUUUUUUUUUACCAUGUUGCUUUACUGGGUUGGGAGGGUGGGAGUGAGGGUUUGUGGGGUGCAGUGGAUUUAACUCUGAACGUUUAGCUGCAGUGUCGUCUUUGCAGAUUUCCUGUGUGAAGGGAACAGGCAUCUGUGAUAUUUAGGGGGGCUGAAAAGUCAUUACAGUCAUACCUCCUUCGCUGUU